AUGCACCGUAUGCUGCGCGCCGCCCGGGGCGGCCUCCGGCGCCCCGGCGCCGCGCGACCCGCGACGCGCGCCUUCGCCCUCGCGCCGCGGCGGCCCAUCCGCAAGCUCAUGGCGGCGAACCGCGGCGAGAUCGCGAUCCGCAUCUUCCGCGCGGCGACGGAAUUGGACAUCCGCACGGUCGCCAUCUACAGCAAGGAGGACAUGAAGUCCAUGCACCGCUACAAGGCCGACGAGGCUUAUCUGGUGGGCAAGGAGGCGUCGCCCGUGGGCGCCUACCUCGGCUACGAGGAGAUCGUGGACGUCGCGCUCGCGAACGGGGUCGACGCGAUCCACCCCGGCUACGGCUUCUUGAGCGAGAACGUGCACUUCGCGCGGCUCUGCGAGGCCAACGGCAUCGCCUUCGUCGGGCCCGAGUCGUCCGUGCUCAACAAGUUCGGCGACAAGACCCUCGCGCGGCAGCUCGCGGUCGACACCGGCGUGCCCGUCGUCCCCGGCACGCCGGGCGAGUGCAACACGCUCGAGGAGGUCCGCGCGUUCGUCGAGGGCGGCGACGACCCCGUGGGCUACCCCGUCAUCGUCAAGGCGGCCCACGGCGGCGGCGGCCGCGGCAUGCGCGUCGUCCGCGACGCGUCCGAGCUCGAGGAAAAUUUGGCGCGCGCGCAGUCGGAGGCGUUGUCCGCCUUCGGCAACGCCGCGGUCUUCGUCGAGCGCUACGUGGACUCGCCGCGCCACGUCGAGGUGCAGAUCCUCAGCGACGGCGAGUCGACGGUGCACCUCUACGACCGCGACUGCUCCGUGCAGCGCCGCUUCCAGAAGGUCGUCGAGAUCGCGCCGUCCGUCGGCCUGCCCGACGACCUGCGGGCGGCGCUGCUGGCCGACGCCGUGCGCCUCACGUCCGCCGCGGGCUACCGCUGCGCGCUGUGCUGCGCGGGCACGGUGGAGUUCCUCGUGGACCCGGCGACGUGGAAGCACUACUUCAUCGAGGUGAACCCGCGGAUCCAGGUCGAGCACACGGUGACGGAGGUCGUCACGGGCGUCGAUUUGGUGCAGUCGCAGAUCAUGGUGACGGCGGGCAAGACGCUCGCCGAGAUCGGCCUCGCGGACCAGGACGACGUCCAGGUCCGGGGCUACGCGAUCCAGAGCCGCGUGACCACGGAAGACCCCGAGGCCGACUUCCGGCCCGACGUCGGCCGGCUCCAGGUGUGGCGCCCCGCGGAGGGGUUCGGGAUUCGCCUCGACGGGGGCAACUCGUUCACGGGCGCCGUCAUCUCGCCCCACUACGACUCCCUGCUCAUGAAGGUCACGGGCUCCGCGCUGACCUACGAGGGCGCCAUCGUCAAAUUGUCGCGCGCGUUGCGGGAAACGCGGAUCCGCGGCGUGAAGACGAACAUCGGCUUCAUGCUCAACGUGCUCAAGCACCCGGACUUCCGCGCGGGCGCGGCGACGACGUCCUUCAUCGGCGACAACCCGGAGCUCUUCCAGUUCAAGGCCGGCGGCGACCGCGCGUCGAAGCUGCUCGAGUACCUCGCGGAGCUCGCGGUCAACGGGCGGCGCGCCGUCGGCGCCGCGGGCCCGCCGACGCCGCGCUACGCGCAGGUCCUGCCGCCGGCCGUGCCCCUGAAGCCGCGCAUCGGCCUCAAGCAGGUGCUCGAGGCCGAGGGGCCCGAGGGCUUCGCCCGGGCCGUGCGCCAGCACAAGGGGCUGCUGCUCACGGACACGACGAUGCGCGACGCGCACCAGUCGCUCCUCGCGACGCGCGCGCGGACCAAGGACCUCGUCGCGGCGGCGCCCUACGCGGCGCACGCGCUCCACAACUGCUACUCGCUGGAGACCUGGGGCGGCGCGACCUUCGACGUCGCUUUGCGCUUCCUCCACGAGUGCCCCUGGGCGCGCCUCGAGGAAUUGCGGGAGAAGAUCCCGAACGUGCCCUUCCAGAUGCUCCUCCGCGGCGCGAACGGCGUCGGCUACACGUCGUACCCGGACAACGCGGUCUUCAAGUUCUGCGACGUCGCCGUCAAGAGCGGCAUGGACGUCUUUCGAGUCUUCGACUCGCUCAACUACGUCGAGAACCUGCGGCUCGGCAUCGACGCCGUCGGCGCGGCCGGCGGCGUCGUCGAGGCGGCGAUCUCCUACUCGGGCGACGUCACGGACCCGGACUCCAAGUACAAUUUGGACUACUACCUGAAUCUGGCGACGGAGCUCAAGGCCAAGGGCAUCCACGUGCUGGCCAUCAAGGACAUGGCGGGGUUGUUGACGCCGGCGGCCGCGUCGACGCUCGUGCACGCGCUGCGCUUGGAGUUCCCGGACCUGCCCAUCCACGUGCACACGCACGACACGGCGGGCACGGGCGUCGCCGCCAUGCUCGCCGCGGCGAAGAACGGCGCGGACGCCGUCGACGUCGCCGUGGAUUCCAUGUCCGGGCUCACGUCGCAGCCGUCCAUGGGCGCGGUCGUCGCGUCCCUGAAAGGCUCGUACCUCGACACGGGCGUGGACCUCAAGGAGCUGGCGCCCCUCAUCGACUACUGGGAGUCGACGCGCGUGUCCUACGCGGCCUUCGAGAGCGGCCAGAAGAGCGGCUCCGCGGAGGUCUACGACCACGAGAUCCCGGGCGGCCAGUACACGAACAUGCUCUUCCAGGCGACGCAGAUGGGCCUGAGCGAGAAGUGGCCCCAGGUCAAGGCCGCCUACGCCGACGCCAACGAGCUCCUCGGCGACAUCGUCAAGGUGACGCCGUCGUCGAAGACCUGCGGCGAUUUGGCGCAGUUCAUGGUCACGAACGGUUUGACGAAAGCCGACGUGCGGGACCGCGCGGAGUCGCUCAACUUCCCCUCGAGCGUCGUCGAGUUCUUCCAGGGCGCGCUGGGCAUCCCCUACGGCGGCUUCCCGGAGCCGCUGCGCACGCACGUGCUCGCGGGCGCGGGCAAGACCGACGAGACCUUCGCGGGGCGGCCCGGCGCGCAGCUCCCGGCCGUGGAUUUGGAGAAGGUCCGCGCGGAGCUCGAGGAGAAGCACGGCGUCGCCGUCGACGACCGGCAGCUCAUGUCCGCGGUCAUGUACCCCCAGGUCUUCGACGACUUCAUGGCCACGACGCGGGAGUUCGGCGACCUGUCGAACCUGCCGACGCGCGCGUUCGUCGAGCCGCUCGACGUCGGCGAGGAGCUCGAGCUGAGCUUCGGCCAGGGCGUGACGGUCAACGUCAAGCUCACGGGCAUGGGCGACCUCGACGAGAAGAAGGGCACGCGCGAGUGCUUCUUCGAGGUCAACGGUUUCCCGCGGUCCGUGACGCGCGUCGACACGUCCGCGUCCGCGGACGUCGUCGUCCGGCCCAAGGCGAGCCCCGGCGACCUCGGCUCCGUCGGCGCGCCCAUGCCGGGCGUCGUCGUCGACGUCAAGGUCGCGCCGGGCGCGGCCGUCGCCGUGGGAGAGCCGCUCGUCGUGCUGUCGGCCAUGAAGAUGGAGACCGUCGUGUCGUCCGCCGUCGCGGGCGUCGUCAAGUCCGUCGCCGUCGCCGACGGCGACGACGUCCAGCCGGGCGACCUCCUCGUCGUCGUCGACAGCGCCGGCGCGGAGGCCGGCGGCGGCGACGACGAGAUCGCCGCCUGA